CCCUUGCAGCCCCGCCGGGCCUGUGACCUCGGCGCCCACGUUUCCAUUUGUGUUCACUGCUGCUUUGAGGCCGGAGCAGCCACAGUGAUGAACUUUUAAUGCUGUUGCCGAGACUCCUGUGGCCCCGCAGAAGAGUCUAGAGAAGCCAUCUGACGUCGCGGAGGGAGGGCAGCCAGGCAGCAUUGGAGAACAGUGAGGUAAUUCCAACAAAGGUCGGUUCUGCGGAUCGGCGUCCGAGCCUGCUCCAGCAGGUCUUCAGCUGGCCUCACUGCAAUCUCUCGUGAUCUGGCUGCUUGGCCGGCACCAAAUAGCUCCAGGAUUUACAGAUGGAUCCAGUGGAAAAGACAACAAACAGAAGUGAACAAAAGUCAAGUAGAAAGUUUCUGAAAAGCCUCAUCCGGAAGCAGCCGCAGGAACUGCUGCUGGUCAUUGGGACGGGCGUCAGCGCCGCGGUGGCGCCGGGAAUCCCAGCCCUCUGCUCGUGGAGGAGCUGCAUCGAGGCGGUCAUCGAGGCUGCUGAGCAGUUGGAGGUGCUUCACCCGGGGGACGUCGCGGAGUUCCGCAGGAAAGUGACGAAGGACCGGGACCUGCUGGUGGUCGCCCAUGAUCUGAUCCGGAAGAUGUCACCUCGUACAGGCGACACCAAGCCCAACUUCUUCCAGGACUGCCUGAUGGAGAUUUUCGACAACCUGGAGCAGCACAUCCAGAACCCGCUGGUGCUGCAGUCCAUCCUCAGCCUGAUGGAGAGGGGCACCAUGGUGCUGACCACCAACUAUGACAACCUGCUGGAGAUCUUCGGGCAGCAGCAGAGCAAGCCCAUGGAGUCUCUGGACCUGAAGGACAAGACGAAGGUCCUUCAGUGGGCAAGAGGGCACAUCAAGUAUGGAGUUCUUCAUAUUCAUGGCUUGUACACGGAUCCCUGUGGGAUGGUCCUGGAUCCAUCGGGAUAUAAAGAUGUUACACAAGACCCAGAAGUCAUGGAAGUCCUCCAGAACCUGUACCGCACCAAGUCCUUCCUGUUUGUGGGCUGCGGGGAGACCCUCCGGGACCAGAUCUUCCAGGCUCUCUUCCUGUACUCGGUGCCGAACAAGGUGGAGCUGGAGCACUACAUGCUUGUACUCAAGGAGAAUGAAGACCAUUUCUUUAAGCAUCAAGCGGACAUGCUUUUGCAUGGGAUUAAAGUCGUGUCCUACGGGGACUGUUUUGACUACUUUCCUGGCUAUGUGCAGGACCUUGCCACUCAGAUCUGCAGGCAGCGCAGUCCAGAUGCUGACCGAGUGGACAGCACCACACUGUUGGGGAAUGCUUGUCAGGACUGCGCCAAGAGGAAGCUGGAAGAGAACGGAAUGGAAGUCUCAAAACGGCCCAGGCAGUCUGACACUGAUGAUGCUGGAGGGUCUUGAAAUGUUUAGGACCAAUAAAACCUGCAAUGUGAAAACCAGCCUUCUGUAACCACAGUGCCAUAACCUGAACGCUGAGGAAUGUUCAAGAAUUCCACAUGGGAUCUCUCACUUUGAAACCAUCCCACACCCUGGAAGAGCCAUGUGGCUGUGUGGCCUCGGAGGCUGGGUGCAAGUUCCACUGUGUGGUUUGACUGUUUGGGAGGGGAAGCACGAACGUCAGGGUUCCCGUGAGGCCCGGCGGACACCUACCUCAGGGACCACUAGCAGCGGGGAGGGAGAUCCUGGGCCUCCUGGCUCCUGCUCGACACACUCCCUUUGUCAAUGAAAAGGGGAGGGUGAGGACUGUCUAAGCAACAGUAGUUGCCAAAGAGGAAAAAAAAAACUAGACGCUUAAAAUUUUCUAAUUUUUAUGUGGAAACCUCUGUUACUGUAGAAAAAAACUUAAAAGUUUUUGUUGCAUUGUUAAAUAGUAAAGUGUGUGCAGGUGCUCCUUUGAGGCACAGCAUCUGCUGCUGAGAAUAUGUUUUGAAAAAGGAAGAGCAGCUCAUGGACUUCUUUGGAAUUACCUAAUUUUAGUGACUUCGGCUCCAGAGCUGCCCCAGAGCACAGCAGGCCUGAUGGCGGUGGAGGGGCCCCAGAGGGCAGCUCGGUGCUGGGCGAGUCCGCACGCUGGCUCACAGCUGCCAAGCUACAUGUGGAGCACAAGACCAAGUUUGCAAAUUUUAGUUACAAAUUUCAAGCUUUCCGAGUUUUUAUUCCAUGGGGUAAGGGCCAACCUUUCUGUUCUUGUCUCUUAAAAGUCUCUUCCUGUGGCCCACUUGGGGUUCGCAUGCAGCGAGGCCGGCAGAGCUUGUAGAGGGCCUGUGGCAGUGUGAGCCGUCAGGGUCAGCCGGGGCCGAAAGCGCUGGACUGGGGGCAGUGCUCUCGGACCCUGCUUGCUCUCCUUGCAGGGGCUGGUAUUUUUGACGUGAUGUUUCUUGCCAAAUCUCAUGACACUCCCCAUUGAUGGCGCUGGAGCUCUCCCAGGUAUAAAGUUAAGAACAGGAAACACAAAGUUGGUCAGGAUGUGUUGUGUUCGAGAGAGAAGCCAGAGAUCCACUUAAGACUUUCUUUUUGAAGCAUGAAAAAUCUUUUAUGUUACUCUGGUCAUCAAUAAAAUGUUAACUUCAA